AUGAAGGAACUUAACCAAAAAAACUACCGGUGUGGUUUGAAUAUUUUGGCUUUUCCGUGUAAUCAGUUCCUAAACCAAGAACCAGGAGCGAACGAGAAGGAGAUUAUGAACGGGUUGAAAUGGGUCCGGCCGGGCAAUGGAUUUGUUCCGAAUUUUCCACUUUUUCAGAAAAUCCGAGUCAACGGCGCAUGGGAAGACCCGAUCUACACCUAUUUAAAGGUAACUUCUGCUCUUUAAUGGGUUUAACUCGAGGGUUUCUAGAUUUUAAUAUCUUUGGGGCUACCGUCCAUAUCAGUAUGAGAUUACGUAAUAAAUGUGACCUUACGUAAUGAUAGUCACGGGUAAGAGUAAUUUAUAGACCUUUCCACAGUUUUUAUUCAGUGUAAUGUAGGGCUGGAAAAUAAACUAAUAAGAGCUCCGCUUUUAGGCUUGGCUAAAUCUAUAAAUUAGACCUUUCCACUGAUUUUCAGGGGCUUCUCUCUCCAAGCUUAUACCCCAUUCACACCUGCAAAACAUGUUCAGUUAAACCAGGUUUAAAUGAGUUAAAAUCAGAAAUAAACCUUGAAAAACUGAAUUUUCCAUGUUUUUAGUAGUCACUACCUUUUCAUUUCAUAUGUGCUAGAUUUGAAGUCGACAAACAUUGGUAUAAGCAGGCUCUAUGAAGAAAACAUUAUUGAACGGUGUUUAACAAAACAGCUUUAAAACCCGUUUAUUCUUUGGCGUGAAUGGGGUAUAAGCCCAUCUUAGCCUGCCUUUUUAAGUUGUUUCAAUCUGAUGUCAUUUUACUUUUGGUCCUUAAGGCAGCUAAAACCGAACUAUGUGUACAAUUAUGCGAACGCCUGCAAUUACCCUUACCACCAAAAUCAAGGGUAAGCCUUCCAGGUUGUCGAAACUUCCAUUCAGCCGAGGUCUUAGAGCAAAAAAAAAUACUUGGGAACCCCGUCCGCGACUGGACUUAAGCCGCCAGCUCACCGCUGGACUGAAUAUUGAAUUAACUCUUUGGGGUGAGGUUCUGAAAUGGAAAGAAUUGUGAAAGCCCAGUGCCCUGUGCACUUUCGCGCUCGGUUCUGUCCAAAUUUAAAUCGCCCCUAUCUUCGGGACUGGCGGGAAGGGAACUUAUUUAAUCCGGAAGCUAUCGUGUAGACUGAGAGCCUCCUUCAGUCACAAGGCGGGUCGUGUAACGGCAAGAUACAUCACCUAACUCUGAUUUCGCAAAUGUUCCCUUUAACCCUGAAGAAGUAUGGAGAAUAUUUAUUCACAACGAGAACGGGUAUUUUCAUAAUAUCAGUGCGCAAGUCAGAGAGUGGAAUUUCAAUCUCGUCCAUUAGCAGAACUAGUUAACUUAGUCUGGGGGUCUGUCACCAAUGUUUUUUUUUUUUUGCUUUUUAUAAUUAUUGUUAUUGUUACUAUUUGACAAGCCAGGGCAAGCCGCAAGGCGAGCGCGUAAGACGAGUCUCACGUAAGAGGAGGGGCGCGGAAAAAAAUGAUAUGUUAAAACUGGUUGUAACUUGAGCUUUUAAGCCCUAAUUGUAUGUAAUCUUCUUGUAGUCGCUCUGUCCCCUUCCAGGAGGAGUAAUCAGUCGCUAUGUAGCUGUUUCAUGGAAUCCGGUGAGAAGUGAGGACAUCUCUUGGAACUUCGAGAAGUUCUUGGUCGAUCAUAAUGGAUUUCCUGUGAAGCGUUACCUUCCCAGUACAAAGCCUUUUGACUUGUUGGGUGAUAUCCGAAAUCUUAUGCAACGUUGUUAA